CCGGUCCUUCCUACAUACACAUGUCAACUAGCCGUUAGCUCUGUCAUCAACACAGAAGUGGCAAUAAACGCCACUGAGGAUGGUCCACUUCAGCAGAAUCUGCUUCCGGAAGUAUGGAAACUUUGUGGACAACCUCCGUCUGUAUGUCCGUGGAGGCAGCGGGGGCAUGGGUCUACCCCGUUUAGGGGGUCGGGGAGGAAGCGGGGGAGAUGUUUGGGUGGUGGCUUCAAAGAACAUGAACUUGAAGAGGAUCAAGGAUAAGUACCCUGAGAAGCGUUUUGUCGGUGGAACAGGAGUCAACAGCAGUGUCCGAGCGCUGAAAGGAGACAAGGGGAAUGAUAAGGAGAUCUUGGUUCCAGUUGGUAUCACAGUCACCACUGAUGAUGGCAAAGUAAUUGGUGACCUGAACACUGAGGGUGAUCGUCUGAUGGUGGCGAAAGGAGGAGCUGGCGGCUCCUUCCACUCUGGGUUUGAGCCCAGAAAGGGCGAGAACAAACAUAUAAGGCUGGACCUCAAACUUAUCGCUGACCUGGGCCUUGUAGGGUUCCCAAAUGCUGGAAAGUCCUCUCUCCUGACCGCCAUGUCUAAUGCCACACCUCAGAUUGCUAACUAUGCUUUCACAACUUUAAGGCCUGAGAUCGGCAAACUGAUGUAUACAGAUUACAAGCAGAUUUCUGUUGCUGAUCUCCCAGGCCUGAUCGAGGGAGCUCACAUGAACAAAGGCAUGGGCCACAAGUUCCUGAAGCAUGUGGAGAGGACCAGGCAGCUUCUGUUUGUGGUGGAUGUUUGUGGUUUCCAACUGGCAAGUCAGACACCGUUUAGGUCGGCCUUUGAAGCUGUUCAACUCCUCACCAAGGAAUUGGAGUUGUACAAAGAAGAGCUUGUGUCAAAGCCGGCUUUAUUGGUGGUGAAUAAGAUGGACCUACCAGAUGCUGAGGACAAACUAGCAGAGCUGGAGGAGCAACUACAAAACCCAGAUGAGUUCUCUGAUCUGUUGCCUGAUGAAAUGAUACCCAAGAACUACAUGACCUUCAGACACGUGGUUCCUGUCUCUGCCUCCACUGGGUUUGGCAUCGACCGCUUGAAAAGUUGCAUCCGGGAAUCACUCGAUGAGGAUGCAGCACUGGCAAUAAAAGCCAUCCAUCAUGACAGACUGCAGGCACUGCGGCACCACUCGCAAGAGCACUUGUGAUGAACAUGUACAACAUAGCAUUCAAAUGGACCUACAGUGUAAAAUGGGGCAGAUGAACAGCAGCCUCUGAGAAACACCUGUGACAUACAGUGAAGAACUGUCCACAGAAGUGACGGGAUGACUUUCUCAUUGACCGUCUCAGCCAAAACAUCCAGUGUUUUGGGGCUUCUGGGGUUCAGCACAGUUUCAUCUGUGUUUGAGUCUUGUUUGGUCAAACGUUUUCAGUAUCUACGCCACAGUUAACACGGUACAUCUUAAUUCAGAAAAAAUACACUGUAAUGGAUUAAUAUGCCCACCAUGAAAGGAUGUUGGUUAGGCAGUCUAAGUUCUAUCCAAUGCCAGAUAAAUUAAAUAAUACAGAAUGUAGAGUUGGGUUGAUUUUUGUUUUGUCCAGUCCAAUGUGCAACCUGAAACGAAUUUGAUUAUCCAGUAUGCAAACCAGCUGAACCAGCAUUUAUUAGUUAAAAAGCAGCCUACAUCAGCAACCUGUGCCAGUGGCAUCACAGCACUAAAUCCAACUUUUUUUGCAUCAGUAUUAAACAGUGACGACAUGAUUAAACAUUAUGUUUGUUCAGCUCUGAUGUUACAUGAUGCGAUGUGAUAGUAGGACACUCGCUUGUUGUUGGGACAUGGUGUCGUGUUCCAAUCGGGGGCGGCUGCUGCAUCAAGUGUGUAAAAUUCAGUAUCUUGGUCCAGUGUUUUGCUUAGUAACAAACUGGUUUGAACAUUUUUACACCCACUGAACCCUAGGAUGUGUUUAUCAACUGGUUUCUUUUCUAUUUCAUCCAAUUGCUCACAGAGAUUAAGAUUGUAUUUAUUUUUUUAUUGGCAUGUCUUGUUGGGAUGAUCUGAUCCAGCCUUUUCUCCUCAGUCGCCAAUUCUGAUACUUCACUUCUGGAUAUUUGCCAAUACACUCUUUUUUUUCCAAGUUUGAAAUUGUUGAACUCAUUUUUCUGUAAGGUAACACGAAGCCAGGGAUAUUACUGUGGUACCUAAGACCUAGUCAGCCGUGACUGCAUGCAGAUCACUAAUAGUUCAAUCAGGAGAGACUUGCUCUGAGAGAAGGCACAUAUAGAAGUUAACUGUCUUUUGUGAUUAGACCCCAUCGUGAUGUAAAGACGUAGGAGAUUAGGGAUCCCCCACCCCUGUGGAGUCUAGACGCUGGUGGUGGUAAUGGUGGUGGCGAUGAGAUGAGAUGAGGGAGCUGAGGAUCUGGAUGUGAAGAGGAGUGGGCUUUUGAUGAGCUGGUCCUGGGCUCUCGCUAAGGUGACUGGAGGUGAAUGGGGUGGAGGAGGGCGCGAUGAUUCUGCCUAAAAUGACAGCUGAGCAGACAGACAUAUGGUUGGAAGUGGUGGGAGUGGGAUCGAGAGAAUUGUGAAUAACAUUAAGUCUUCCUGAAUGAACUACUAGUUAGAUCUGUGCAUCCCGAUCGUGUUGUUUAUUUACCAUGUUGUAACACAAAGAAUGAAUAAAGUCAGUUUUCCAUUA